AUGCAGAAUGCACCUGUUGUUCAGGGCAAGGUGGUUGGCAGUGCCUACGACAUGGGACCGCAAGACGCAACUUUCGGGGGACCGCAGCCAGUGAUGCACGACGAGCUGAAUGUCCUCCAGAUGUCAUGCAAGAACACGGCACUCCCCCCAGAGAUCCGCCUCGGCUUUGUGAAGAAGGUUUACGGCAUACUCGGCACGAUGCUGCUCAUCACAUUCGGCCUCGCGCAGUUCUUUGUGUUCCAGAAGGAGGCCACAUUGGACUUCCUCGCAGCGAACAUGUGGAUUGUGUACAUUGUGGGUGCCAUCGUCGUGGCGCAGGUGUGCUUCGACUGCGCCAUGUCCUGCCAGCUUUGCUGUGGCGGUUCGAGCCUCAUACGAGGCUACUUGAAGAUGAUGACGACCCCUCCGUGGAACUACUUGUACUUGCUUGUUUUCUCCGUUUGUUUUGGAGUACUUGUCGGCUAUGUAUGCGCAAGCUACACAGCAGAGUCGGUGCUGUUGGUCUUUGCCCUUACCCUGAUCAUGGUUGCUUGCUUGACCCUCUACGCCAUCCGAACCUCAGCAGAUUUCACUGGCUGGGGCCCACACAUGAUGGUCGUGGCCGUGGGCUUUGUGCUGCUCGUCGUGAUGUAUUUUCUUCUGCCGGAUCGAACGCUUUUCAGCAGACUUGCAGGUGCCGUCUGCGCCAUCAUCUUCGGCAUCCUUAUUGUACAUGACACCCAGCUGAUCUUUGGCACGGCUGCGCUGGGAUUUGGAGGAAGCAGCAAGAAGUUUGAGUACACCAUCGACAUGUAUGCAUUUGCGGCGUGGAAUCUCUACCUCGACUUCAUCACCUUCUUUCUCUACAUGCUGCAGUUUCUUGGUAAUCGGGAUGGGUGA